AUGUUCUCUACUCGAUCUCCUUUUGCUUCUCUUCUCCUCGUCGCCGUCUCAUUCAUGAUGGUCGAACAAGGACAAGCUCUCAUCAGUGUUGACACCUCGGUGCGCACUGUUGGGACUCCCAAGCUCAGCGGUCAAGGAAAUGCCUUUCAACGUCCAGAAAAGGUCAAUCCUGAUACAAAACAACCUCAGGAAACCUUCGAUACUGACGCCUACCGUCAAGCCAUGACAGAAUUGGUCUACCAACGCUCCAUUCAGAGAUUUUCAUAG